UCUUUCUGGGCCCCCUCUGGUGCGUGCGCCUCUGGCUGGGGACGAGCUGGCCUCGGGGCUGCUCGGAGAGGAAGUGCAGUUGGUUAUUUUAACGAGCACAGUCAGGGUUUGCAGCGCGGGGAGGAGGCGGAGGGAGAAGCCGAGCUCUCGCUCUCCAAACUAGGACUUGGUUGGGGAGGGCUGGCCCGACGCUGCUGCGCGGCCACCGCCACCCGCUCGGCACCUGCAGGGACCCCCGCGCCGCUCCGGAUCAGGUCACGGGGGCUUUUCCCCAUGCUCUCCCCUUCUCUUCUCCUCCUCCUCUUCUUCUUCCUUGUCCCCCGCGUUUUGCUGCUUUUGUUUGUGCUGGGUGGGGGAUGGGGGGGGGCUGGGGGAGCCAGCCCUUAGUUCGCGGGUAUGGUCUGAGCAGGUACCGGGUCCCAUCCCGCUGGGGAAAGACAGGGGGAAGCAGACCCCGGUGUCAUCCCCGAGACCUUGCUCCUGCUGAGCUAUGUUUGCUCCCGGAGGCUGGAGUGAGCUCCUAAGGCUACAAGCAGUCCCCGGGGCUGAGACGGGGGCUCUGUGAAACGCAGCCGCCAUGGCACUCGGUGGCACCUGGCUGUUGUUUCCUCUUUGGAAGGAGGGCAGGGGUUUUACCUGCCAGAGUUGUGUUUCCAGCCACCCAGUCUGCUGCCUGCUACGGCACUGGCUGCAUUCUGCCAGCCUGUGUGGCAUGGGGAUGGCAGCAGGAAAACUGCAGUUGGCAGAGGACGCUGGCGUGGGCAGCCAGCCUGUGCCGCACCGGGAUCCCUGGAUCCCGGCCACUUUGCCCUGAGAUAGUUUAGAGAAGACUUGUGGGCUCCUGGCACCUCCCCUGGUGCCGGUGGCAGUGAGGUGCCCUGCUUCUGCUGGGGGUAGUGGGAUGCCCUUCCUGAUCUCUCUCUGGAGGAAGGCAUGUGGCUCCCAUCUUUCUGUUAUCAAUGCCUGUAGCUGAGCGCCUGAGGCUCUCUUGGCUUUGCUUUGGGAGGUGCAAAGACUUCCCAGCCCUGGGAAUCGCUGCUUGCGCGCUGCAUCUGCCACACUGCAGCUGUAUCUUUACGCCAGGUUCAUCGCCUCCUCCCAGGGGCUGGUGCCUUGGGCAGACGCUGUGUGUUGCCCUGCCCAGGGUGGCACCAUGCUGGGAUGUCUUCCCUGUGCUCGGGGAAAAUUCUGGGGCUGCUCAGGGAGUUUGGAUCAGACAGCUGGGUUGUGGGACCAAUCUCCCUUUAAAUAGCAUGUCCCUCGAGUCCCUCCUCUACAGGAGGCACAGAGCUGUGCGUACCGAAGGAGGCGACCAACCUUGGGGAGAACGGUGGGAAUUUGCUAAAGAAACCAUGGACUGGGCACCAAAACGGCCAGGGCACUCUGCCGAGCUCCCCACCGCGUUGCUUCAUGUGUGUUACUCUGCAAAGGGAGCUCAGAGAGAGACAAGAAACUCAAAGUCCUUCCCAGGCAGCAUUGCUGGUCCUGCUCUUGGGACCAAAAUAGAAACUGCAUGGCCGGCCUCUCCCCCGACCCCUGCUCUGCCGUGGCCCCGGCACUCUGUUGGUGGUUGCUCGCCCUUUGCAUUUCAUCCCAGAUUAAUUUGCUGCCCGAGGCCGUCAGUCUUGCCAUUUGGCUCCCCAGCCAAACACGGUGACAGAUUGUUUAAAUCAGGGCUGUCAGGUUUCUUGAUAACCGGGAGGCAGAUUAUUUACUGUAGUGGCAAAUAAACUUCAUAAUGUUAUGAUGGUGGAAAGUUGUCAAGGGAUAUGAACGCCCGGAGUCAGCCCAGGAGCCUCCAAGGAGACAGCUUUGGUUUAAAUUAAGACAAAACACUGUCUUCCAUGGAUUUUGGAAAGGAAAUCACAUUGUUGUAAUGGGAACAUUACUCUGAGCCUUAGGGCUGGCAAACUCUUGACUUUAUGAAGCGUAAAUGGAGGGUCUGAGCUAGUCUGGGAGAUGUGCCUUGAAGCACAUCUCAGGUUUGCCCUGAGAAGGCAGUGAAGGGCAGGUGGCACCAGGGUGUCGUGCAGAGCUUGGGGAGAGGCAGGAUGGAGCUGCCACCAGAAGGAUGUGGGAUUAUACUAGGAACUAUAAAAAAGUCUCAGGCCCUUCUGCUCCUGGCCCCUGUUCUCCCAGCAAGCCAAACUUCAGAGCAUUUUGUUGGGAAGGGCCAGGCAGGAGGGUAGGAUGGCUGAUCCCUUUUGCCUUGCCUUGGUCAAGGCAGGGCCAAUUGGUGGAGACCACGGUCAGGUCACUGGGUGGCCUUGGGCAGUUCCUUCCACCUGGCUUUGCCCCUUGGAGGAGCUUCCCGUGACAAGCUGCAAAGCCGUGGUGUUUUGUUUCUUUGCCUUGCCUACAAACCCCUGCAAGGAGCUGCUGGUGCCUGUUCCUGCAUCCGUCCCCUUGCCUUGCUCGUUCAAAGGCGGCACCUUAGAGGCUUCAUCUCCUCCGUGUGGUGUCCCCAGGUCCCAACGGAGUUAGUACUCUGUUAGUGGAGCACUAACUAAAGUUAGUGGCCACGUCUCAUCCCUGGUGUGGACUAUGUGGUGAUCCGCCCAAGGCACCCGCAGUCAGAAGUGAUGCUGAACUGGUGAUGCUGAGCUGUCACUGCCAGCCUGGGGUGUGCCCUGAAAUUCCCAUCCCCUGAAAUAAACCCCGUGGGCGAGUUUUGCUUCUGGCCAUCUCAUGCAGGGAUCCCAUUACCCUUUCGUGGCUGGGGUGUGUCAGGGUAUUUGCAUCGGGUCCACACGCUGGCCCUGCUGCGGCACCGUGGAGCAGAGGCGUGUAUGUGUGGGAGCAGGAGGUUGCAAGCUGUGCCCUUGCUCGACUUUGUGCAAGAUGGGUACAGAGAGGCCAAACUGAAGUUGCUGCCUGUCUCUUGUGAAGCAAUCCAGUCCUGGAGCCUUCAGGUUGGUCAACCAAAGUGCCCAGUAGCACUGACAGGUUUCUGAGCAAGUUAGCAAAGCCCUUAGAUGUUGCCAGGCCUGCCUUGCUCUCGCUGUCCGUGCCCAGCAGCCCUGGAAGGGGCCUCUACACAGCUCCCUGCAGAGAGUGGUGCUGGGGCUGCACGUGCAGAGACCUCAGGCUGGGAGGUCCUCUGCAGCUGCAUGCAUGUGACCACCAGCUGGUUUCUAAGCCCCUGCCUUGCUUUCUCACUAGGAGGGAAGCAUGAAGUCCUCUGGAUCAACCGUGGGGCUCACUGAGAGACAGGUGGGGACCUGGUUCCUUCUGAAUGCCCUGCAAGGACCAGAAACUGCCUUCUGCAGCCUGGAGGGGCAACCUUAAGGUUGCAGCAGUAAUCUCCUCCUCCGCGCUAUGAGGGUGACAGUACAAUUGAGGAUUGUAUAAUACAGGAUUGUAUAGUACAGCCUGGGAAUGCCACGCUCUUGCAGCUCAGGAACCUGGGAGUGAGGUGCUCUGGCCCGUGUAGGCGGUGGCACUUGUUGCAGUAGAUCAAAUGAAUGAAUCCUAAAAUAGAAGGUGAGCACAGCCUCACCCCUUGCAAUGCUUUGAAAGGGUCGUGGUUUGGAUGGAGCCUCCCUACCCCUGUGGUGGGGGCCGGGGGGGAAGCCACAUCUCUUUGCUUAUGCUGGACCCAGCACAGGGGAGCUUCUGACUCUGUUUUAUUCUUGUGAUAUAUGAGAGGUUACAUCUGGAAUGGAAAUUUUGGGUAGAAGCAAACUGCGCAGUUUGGGAACUUGCUGAUCACUGCUCACCUCGCUUUAACCAAAGCCCUGAGGGCUGCACGACAUCUUGACCAGUGUGCUGCGUUCCCCAGCCGGCACGGGGAGACCUUCCUCUGCAGACUUCAUCUGUGCUGGUUGCCCUUCGUGGUACGUUGAGAGGGCUGGCCGGGGAGCCCGAGGGAGAAGAGAGGUCAGUGACUGAUGCCUGGGAGCAGGAUGGGAGAGCGGGGACAGGAUCUCAGCAGGGGUGGUGUAGGGAUGGCAGCGUACAUGGGAAGAUUGAGUAUCAGAGCACUGAAAGGAUGGGGAGGUGCGAGCUCGUGAUGGAAACUGAGGCUGAAGGCAAGCAGCAGUAUGUCAGUGAGGCGGGGAUGAGCAGUAGCUCCCUGGAUGGGCUCCCGGGCUCUUGUCCCUUAGUCCCACUGCUGUCCUGGCAGGGAGAAGACAGAGGCAGAAGCCCAAGAGAUCUUGGUGUCACGCAGGGGUGGCUAUUAAUAACACACUUUCCCUGUGGUUGAGCUGUGCAAGUCAAGCAUCCUUGCCAGGGGAAGACAACUUGUAAACUGAAACGGGCUCCUGCUUGCGUGCUGCCAGCUCUGAUGCUGCAGCAGCUCCCCAGCACCCACAGCAAGCCGGGACGCAGCCAGCCGCCGUCAGGACGGGCACUCGUCAUGGAGCAGGGUGAAACUCUUGGACUCGUUUCCCUUGCUGUAGCCCUGUAGUUGGAAAAAAUGCUUUCCAGUCAACUAACUGGAGGUUUGCUGAAAGUUCGGGAGGAGCUGAUGGUGUUUUUCAAGUCCAGACUUCUCUAAAGCCCAUGGUUUGUGUGUUGUGCUGCUGGUGGUGUCCUGCUGUAGGGUCCUCUUGCCACCCUUGGUGCCAGCAGAGGGGUGCCAGGUUUGGCACUGUAUGAAGGUAGCCUGGGAUCUGUCUGUCUUCUGGGUGCUGGUAAGGAGAGACCAGGCUGCUGGAGGGACAGAGGGAGUGAUAACGUGGAGGAAGGGCUGAGCAGGUGUGUGGCACAGCAUCCCUCUACACGUCUAAGGGCACAGAGGGCCUGUUCAGUAUGGUACAUGGGGGUUUGCUUGAGGCUAGUGAAGCAAAGCAGAAUAACUGGAGCUGAAUAUUAAGCAGCUCUUCCUGAUGUGGGCAGAGCCUAUGCCCACAUGUUUAGUCCGAGGAGUCAGCCUGUCUGGUUUUGGAACUACCACCACUGCAGGAGGGAUGGCUGGUGGCUCUGGAGAGCAGGGUUUCCUUAUCAGCCAAUCCACAAGCUCUGUGUCCGCUGAAAUUACAAGGUGCAAGUUUUUCCUCUUUGAUCCCUGCUUGACUUUCCAAGGGCAUUUACAUCCUGCCACCAAGGUUAGCUCUGUCCUUAGACUCUGAGUGCCCAGGGAGCUUCUUGCAGGAGCCUCCUCCUCCCCCAGCUCUCGAGGACAGCACUGCUGCCUGCCCGUGCUCCAGGACAUAUUCCUGCUUCAGCAGCAUCUCUGCCCACCAAUGUCAGGAGCAUAGGAGGCCGAGGAGCUCUGGGGGGUCUGGUUAGAAAAAAACCCCAAAACUCUCAAGAGCUCUGACUGCAGAUCGUGAGCAGACCAGAGCUGCUGGCUCCUUCCUCAUUCACAGAAGGAGAUUGAAAUGAUAGUGCAAAGCUGCCUGUAAGUAGAGUUGAUAUCCUAGUGCGUGCAGCAGUACUUCCUUUCCCUCCCACCCUGCAAAUGCCAGGCUGCCUCCAUCCAGCCUCCUUACCUAACUGAGCUGAGCGAUGCAGUCUGCAGAGUAGCCACAGGCACUUGCCGUUCUUUGUCUUGUCUCGGUGGCAAACAGAUGUUUGGUGUGCUGGUGUUAGGCCAGGGGCUUCCAGGGCUUAGGUCCUCUUGGGCUCCUCUCCGCUCAGUGCAUGGUUCCCUGGCUGCUCUGCAUGCAGCUCUGCUGGUGCACAUCAACCCUGGGCAGCCCCGGCAGUCAGUCCAUCUGCUCCACCAGCAGCAGCUCUCAACACUUGUGACAGACCAUUUGGAGCUCAGAUUGGAAGUUGCAAGAGAUGGAGUUAUCUUCCCCAUAAUAUCUGAGCUGCCACGUGGUGCUGUUGUGGGCUGUCAGAUGGUUGCCCAGUAAUAACCUUCACUCCUGGUGGCUGGAGCGUGAGUCCAUGUGCCACUUGCAGACACCCCUGAAGAUAAAAAGGACCAUAAUCAGCUAGUACCCAAACAUAAAUGUCAAGCCAAGGUUGUUCUAGCAGAUUUCCUCACGAGACUGUGGUGCAAAAAGGAAGGAAGCUGUGUUGAGAGAUCUUCCUGCCCAUAGCAGCAGCUCAGCAAGCAGUACAGCAGCUUCGUGCUAGUGGAAUAUCUGGGGCAGGAGGGAGCAUCCAUGCAGCUCAUUCAGGAUGGAGUUUGACAGUAUGUUCCCCCCAGCAGCUAAAGCUAGCCAAGAAGGGUCUGCUGCAGCACACCACACCUGGGCAGUGUUCUCGCUUGGGGUUUUUAAUGUUUUAUUUGUCUGGACAAUUUUUAACCCCUGUUGGUGGUGAUACAGUUUACUGUGCAUCAUUGUUUACUGUGCGUCAUCCUGCGGAUGAUGGGGAGAAGGAACAGGAAUGGAGCACCUCUGGGUCGGGGACGGGCUGGAAGCAGGGUGAUCAGUAAAACAUGCUUUUACCCUCCGCAAAGCUGCGGGGGCCUUGGGGGUGUGAUAGUUAACCUGCUGGUGACCAGGUAGUGCUGGGUGUACCUGCAUUGAUCUCUGAGGAGGUGGCACUUUGUAUUUGCUUUCAGUUCAACCAGGCUUUAGCUGCCCUGAUGCUGCUGUCUGAACUGCAGAUUCCUCUGGAGGGCAUCGCUGUCCUUCCUUCCCUCCUUGUGCUACAUUACUGAGUACAGACAUGGCAACAAGACUGUAGAAAAUAAAGAGCUGGCUUCCUUGUGUACCAGGCUGGAGGAGAAUGAACCAAGCCUGACCUUCUCCAAAAAUACAAACUCAGCUUUGUACUCCUCCAAAAGAAAUAGAGGUAUAGCCCAAUGGGUUCUUUGUGGUACAAGCACUAAGCAAAGGCUCCAGUUUGCAGUUCAGAAAAUAACGUGUAUGUCCCAUCAUACAUGCAUAUCUCAAACUAAAAGGGAAGUUUCAGACAAGUUUGCCUGUUUGCGUGGACCUCGAGGCAGUGGAGGUUUGGGCCAGAGUGUUCUCCUGAAGGUCCCCUGGUGUUGCUGACCAGCAAGCAAGUGCAUAAAGAGCAUGAGAAGGGAGGAACGUAGAGGCAAGUGCAGCAGGUGCCAGCCUCCGUGCAGUGGUGAGUGGUGUGAUGGGUGCCUCGUGAUGGCUAGGGGAGCUGUCUUGCACAGCAUCGAAACUGUUGAGAGUGAUGGUGGUGGCUUGCGUGUGCCUGCAGGGUGCGAUGAUCCUGAGUCCCCUGCCUCAGGAGAUACUGAAGAGCCAAAAGUUUGCUUCUAUGAACUGUGGGUCUUGGUGGUUUGUUCGAGUUGCCCUCAAAUAAAUCCUCUCUAUUUAGCAGCUGAAGAGAGGCAGUGACUGGAGGGUGGGAAGCGAAGCACUGGCUAUGGAGGAGGGAAGUGCUGGAGCUAGUCAGAUUCAGCCCCUUCCACUCCGAAGGCUUUGCGUGCCGAGCCACCAGCGCUGAAACUGCUGCAGCACCUUCCACCUGUGGCCCUGGGGAUUUCCACGGACUGUUGCAACGUCCGGGCAACCUGUCAAGCUUUGAGGGCUGGGCAGGGAAAGCUUGAGAGCCCUGGUAAAACUUUUUCCACCAGGAGAGGGAAGUUUUGUGCAGGAUGGAUGGGAUGUUUUUCCUAGCUCUCCUCCACACUACUGCAGCUCUCCCAGCCAGCUUCUACCAAAUCUCCCUGCCCUGUUUUUACUUGCCCAGUGGGUUUUCUUCUUUAGGAUUCACAAGGGCUUAAUUUCAAUUUGCUGCAAAUUUCCUGGGGCUGGUACUUAGCCAGAGCAGUUCCCGUGGGGAAACCAGGUGGACCAGCACCAGGAGAGUGGUGGGGGUAGUUUCCAGGGCUGAUCUGCACCUUGGGGUGCAGGGGCUCUGCCGAUCCCACAGCGCUGAGCAGUGGUGACACCUGCCCUGCCAUCGCAGCACCCUGUGCUGAGCGGUCAAACUCAAGGAGUGGGGGAGCUGUGGGGAGCAGGAGCUCCAGCAGUCUGUCUAUCCAGCCAGCGGGUCCCAGCUCUGCUGCGUGCCCUGGGUGGCAUCGCCAUGUCCCCCGCUCCCACCCUUGGUCCCCUGCCUUUCCCCCCACCCCGUCUCCCUGCCCUGAUUCCUGCAGCCCGACCUGGGGAAUCACAGGGGAGCCUAUUUAAUUCCUGGUCUCUGUGUUAACAGCCACCAUCCGGGUGUGAUGGAAACCUUUUUUAGGCGGCACUUUGGGAGGAAGGGGCCACGGCGCACCAGUGUAGUGGCCGUGCCCACGAGCAAGGCCAGGCGACGCUCCCAGGCGGGGCUGCCCUCAGCCUCGCUGGCCCAGCGCCGCCGUGGCUCAGGCACCCCAUUGCCAGCGCUCUCCUGCCUGGGCCUGCCCCGGCACCCCAGCCCCCGCCGCCGCUCCAGCACCACGCCGCCCUGCCUCAGCCCCAGGUUUGCCGUGCAGACGAAGCGCGGGGGCCAGGCACGAGCUAUCGAUGCCCACCUGGUUGGUCCCUCCGUCCUCCUGGCCAGCCUCAUCCCCACUGGAGAGGAGGGGGACGGGGCACCCCGCACUGACAGCUCUGGAUCCGAGUCUCCGGAGGAUGGCGGUGUCAGCAUGGCAGCGGGAGCCAAGGAGGGCCGGUGCGAGCGGUGGGCUGAGGAGAGGUGGCUGGCCAUGCUGCCCCGGCUGCGGCCACUCCAGGCUGGGCUUCUGUCGCGGGGCCCUCGCUGCCUGCGGCGUGCCUCCUCUCACCGCCUGCCCACCGAGUUCAUGUGCAGCCGGGCCGCCUACGGCUUGCCGGGCUGCUACCGCCGCCUCAGCCAGCGCCGGCGCUCCAGCGAUGGCUCCCGGCCCGGGCUGCUCUCCUCUGGCCACAUGCGGCUGCUGGCCCAGCGUUGUGCGGGGGCAGCUGGAGCUGGGCACCCCUCUGCUGUUCUCCCGGAGUGCUUGGAACCGGAGCCCACCCGCCACGCCACCCCGGAUGGCUGGAGCCCCCGGCUGCUGAAAGCUAUUGCCAAGUCCAGCCUCCAGCACAUGGUAGCCCAGCCAAACCCUGCGCUAGCCCUAAGGAGUGACUCGGAGAGGCAGAUACGCAACACUGUGGACUGGAGCGAGACUGCGGUCUAUGGGGAGCACAUCUGGUUUGAGACCAAUGUCUCUGGGGACUUCUGCUACGUUGGGGAGCAGAACUGUAUGGCAAAGCUGCUGCAAAAACCUCUCUCCAGGCGUAAGUGUGCAGCCUGCAAGAUCGUAGUGCAUACACCCUGCAUCGAACAGUUGGAGAAGAUAAAUUUCCGCUGCAAACCUUCCUUCAGGGAAUCAGGAUCCCGGAACGUACGGGAGCCUGAAGGAAAACUAAGGUCAAACCAGAGACAAGAACAGGGCUGGGGACCAGGGACAUCCCACCAUUCGUGUUUGGCAGCAGCAGCCUACAGCAAAACCAAGACGCAUGCCCUCUUUUGCACAGUGAAGCACUACGGUUUCCAGCAGAAGUUUGCCUUCCACAGUAAAGAGAUUGUAGCCAUCAGCUGUUCCUGGUGCAAGCAAGCGUAUCACAGCAAAGUGUCAUGUUUCAUGCUGCAACACAUCGAAGAGCCCUGCUCGCUGGGGGCUCACGCUGCUGUCGUCGUUCCUCCUACCUGGAUUCUGCGGGUCCGACGGCCCCAGAAUCCACUGAAGUCUAGUAAGAAGAAGAAGAGGACAUCAUUCAAGCGGAAAUCCAGCAAAAAAGGGGCUGAGGAAGGGAGGUGGAAACCCUUUGUCAUCAAGCCCAUGCCAGCUCCUCUCAUGAAGCCCUUGCUGGUGUUUGUGAACCCCAAGAGCGGUGGGAAUCAGGGAGCCAAGAUCAUCCAGUCCUUCAUGUGGUAUCUCAACCCACGGCAAGUUUUUGACCUCAGCCAGGGUGGACCCAAGGAGGCGCUGGAGCUGUACCGCAAGGUCCACAACCUUCGGAUCCUGGCGUGCGGGGGAGACGGCACGCAGGUGGGCUGGAUACUCUCCAUUCUGGACCAGUUACGCCUCAACCCACCACCUCCUGUGGCCAUCCUACCUUUGGGGACAGGGAACGACUUGGCCAGGACACUGAACUGGGGUGGGGGUUACACAGAUGAACCUCUGUCCAAGAUCCUGUCGCACGUGGAAGAUGGGAACAUUGUGCAGCUCGAUCGCUGGAACCUCCGUGUGGAGCCAAACCCUGAUGCGAACCCUGAGGAAAAGGAUGAGGUGGCCACUGACAAGCUCCCCUUGGAUGUCUUUAAUAACUAUUUCAGCCUUGGCUUUGACGCACGGGUGACGCUGGAGUUCCACGAAUCCCGAGAGGCCAACCCAGAGAAGUUCAACAGCCGGUUUCGGAAUAAAAUGUUCUAUGCUGGGACGGCUUUCUCCGACUUCCUCACAGGGAGCUCCAAAGACUUAGCGAAGCACGUCAAGUUGGUUUGCGAUGGGACAGACCUGACCUCCAAGAUCCAGGACCUGAAGCCCCAGUGCCUGGUCUUCCUGAACAUCCCCAGGUACUGUGCAGGCACCAUGCCCUGGGGCAACCCCGGGGAGCACCACGACUUUGAGCCACAGCGCCACGAUGACGGCUGCAUUGAAGUUAUUGGCUUCACCAUGACAUCCCUGGCUGCCUUGCAGGUUGGUGGCCACGGGGAGCGGCUGUGCCAGUGCCGGCAGGUGGUUCUCACCACGUCCAAGGCCAUCCCCAUGCAGGUAGAUGGAGAGCCCUGCAAGCUGGCACCUUCCUGCAUCCACAUCUCCCUGCGCAACCAAGCCAACAUGGUGCAGAAGACCAAGCGGCGCAACUCCAUGCCUCUGCUCAAUGACCAGCAGCCAGUGCCCGAGCGGCUGCGGAUCCGGGUGAGCCGAAUCAGCAUGCGUGACUACGAGGCACUGCACUAUGACAAGGAAAAGCUCAAGGAAGCCUCUGUGCCGCUGGGGAUCAUUGUGGUUCCAGGAGACAGCGACCUGGAAUUGUGCCGGACCCAAAUUGAGAAGCUGCAGGAGGAUUUCCCUCCACAGCCAUCUGCUUUAGAGUGCCUGCUCUUUCAGGAGGGAGAUGGAGCCAAACCGAAGACACUGUCAUCCCAGAAGCUGUCGCCCAAGUGGUGCUUCCUGGACUCAACCACGGCUGAUCGGUUCUACAGGAUAGACCGUGCACAGGAGCACCUCAACUAUGUGACAGAGAUCUCUCAGGAUGAGCUGUAUGUGCUGGACCCAGAGCUGGUGAUCACCCAGACCGUGGGCACAUCUCCUGCCAUGCCUGACCUCGUCGACUCAUCUGCCGCACCCAGUGGGCACCAUUUUGCAUUCCCCUCCUCUUCCUCCUCUCCACCUUCCUCUCCUGCCCCCAGCGCUGAGCCUGAGCACUGCCUCCCACACAAAGACGACCUGAUAGAAGCUGCCAAGAACGGCAACUUCAGCAAGUUCCAAGAGCUGCACCGGGCUGGAAGAGACCUGAUGGUGCGAGACUCCUCAGGCCAGACCGUCCUCCACCAUGCCGUCAAAUCAGGGAGCAAAGACAUCGUCAAAUACAUCAUCGAGAACGCCCCUUCAGAAAUCCUUGAUGCCACGGAGGAGGAGAACGGUGAAACCAGCUUGCACCAGGCUGCAGCCUUACGCCAGCGCACUAUCUGCCACUACAUCGUGGAGGCCGGGGCUUCGCUCAUGAAGACGGACCUGCAGGGAGACACCCCCAAGCACCGAGCUGAGAAAGCCAACGACCCCGACUUAGCUGCCUACCUCGAGAACCGACAGCACUACCAGAUGAUCCAGCGGGAGGACCAGGAGACAGCUGUGUAGUGCUCCGUGUGCCUUAGCCCAAGCCAGCUCAGGCAGGAUGAGAAGAGGACGAUGAUGGCAACUGGCAGAGAUGUGAGUCUGGCCCAGCCCUCCCUAGAUGUCAACCUGGUCCCCUGAGAAGAUGGAGACAGCAGAGCUCUGCCUCAGGCUGGGCUGGGACUCUGUUUAUGAGGACAAUGGGUAUUUGGGACUUGAAGCCUGGCUCUUUGUGUGUGUCCCCCUUCACCCCCCAUCUACCACAUUCCCUGCCCUGGAUGGGCUCCAUCCUGCAGUCCUGUUGAGGCGGGCCAGGCUGAAGCCCCGGGUCACCGUUGAGCAUGGGAGUGAUGCCAGCGCCCCCUCUGCAGGCCUCUACCUAUGAUCCUUGUGGGAUAUCAUUGCUUGCCCCCUCUCCCUGCCGGCAGUGCCCCUCCUUUAGAUGCUCGGCUAGGUUCGUGUUCUCUUCCUCCUCUCCUGUCUGGCACAGCCGCAGGAGUCGCAGGCUCUGCGGGUAGACAGCAGAGGCCGUGAGCCUCAGACUUUCCCGCAAGGGAAGCACCAUGACUUACUGCCCCUGCCUCCUCCUCCCUCCUGUCAAUUUGGGGCUACGCGGGUCUCUCCGUUGCCCUGCUGGGGCCUUCUGUGGCAGAAGGGAAGUCCCUGGCACACCCAGCCUUUCCUCAGAGCAUCUGGGGCUGGUGCAGCUGGAAGCAGGGCAGCUGCUGCCCUCCUGGUUGCCUUUAGUGCUCAGCCACUUGGCAGUCUGGCCCAGGGCAGGGACAGCAUGGAGGAAGGCUACUGAGCCCUCCCACUGUCCUUCCCUUUGCAGGGCUGAGUAGGGUGGCCUGCACACCCGGUAUCUGCUGAGCAUCUCUUCAUGAGCCUGCUGCAGCCUGUAGCCAUGGUGGAGAGUUGCGCUUGGCCUGGGCAGUGGCUGUGGUGGAGCCCAUUAUAUUUCCCAAAUGCUGACUUCGAUCUGGCUGCCCUCUCUGCUUCAGCUCCCCGCUCCCUGGCCCCAAUGCUAGACAUUGUAUGGGGCUGGAGGGGCAGUGCUGGGGUCAGUGCUGCUCUCAGGGAUUCCCCCCCAUGCCUCCCAACCUGUCAACACGCGUCCUCUGAGUCCGACUCCUGCCAUCCCCCAAACUGGGCGCAGGGCUUUGCAGGGAAAACUUGGGAGCUCGCCCAGCCCAGACACAAGCUCCCUGGGCAGCUCACCCUCUCCAGUUUUAUCAUAAAGAGGGAUUUGGAUGCAUAGAAAACAUCAGGGCUCCCAGCCCUGAGUCAUGCCUGCAAUGGGAUGGCAUUUCACCUACCAUCUGCCACAGGGCAUGAGGCACCACGACCAAUUUCCUCUGUGGGUGCUAUGGGUGCUGAGCAUCUGCAGAGGCACCAAGCCUGCCCUUCAACAAGGCUUUUGCAGCACUGACAGUCUCUGGGACCAGGAGGUGCCAGCACAGGAGGAAAGUUGAUGGCUCUAGGUCCUGCAGCCCUGCUCGGCCCCUUCGGGUGGGCAGCAGUUGUGAAGCAGGUUGCUGCUCGCAGCUUGGGUCCCAGGGGAGGAUGCUGCUGCUGUGUGGGGUCUGUUAGGUCCCACCUGCACUCACACCCAGCUGCACCCACUGGGUAGUGCUGGGUGGCACGGUUCAAAUCUCUCCUAAUACCAAUACCAAAAAAAGGGUAUGAGGAUACCGCAGAGAACCAGAAUACCCUUCAGGCUUUUUGGAUGGCAUCAGAGUUCCCUUGGAGGAUGGGGGAUGCUGUGGUGGGGAGCAGCAGAGGCACAGGGCAGUGCAGAGUGCCAGGGGCCAGUGUCAGUAUUGGCCAUUAAUAACAACAGUGUCCCACCAUGUUCAGAGCUGGGAUGCUCCAGCGGUGCCCAGAGUUCCCAUCAGCACUGCUCACUGGCCACCAACAGACAAGGCGCUGUCAUCUUCUCAAAGCUGCAAACUGCUGCCCCCGACUCGGGAUGCCCAGCCUGGCCCACAGGCGUUUACAGCCCCAGUUUCCCCUUUUCUCCCCAGUUUUGUAUCUGCCCUUAUAGUUUUUGUACAGGUAGUUGAGAGACACACUGUCCCCCUCGCCGCCUGGCCCCUCCAUGUGCGCGUGAGCUGAGUUGCUGUGCAAUUCCAAGCCUGGCUUGUAUUUCGGCGAAGGCGGAGGGGGUGUUGGUCGCCCUGCCCAUGGAGGGCAGGGGUUCUGUGCAAUACCUGGGUCUGUGUUUUCUAGAUGCUGUUGUAGGACUGUAUUUUUGUAACUCUGUGAGGGUGCCAGCUCCAGCAGGCCGAGGGCCUGGCGUGAGUCUGCGUUCCCAUUGCUUUUCAACUUGGACCGUUUGGAUGUUGUUGUUUCUUGCUAAUGAAAUAAAGAGAUGGAUGUUUUA